CACUGAACGCGGUUACUGGUACUACACAGUCUACCUUUCGCGCACGAUCCCACUACGACACCAGUGCGACUACAGACUACACAUACAACGCUGCCGUGUUGUAGGUACUACAGUGGUUAUAUUUUCUCUCUCACACACACACGCGCGCGCGCCGGGUCGCAUCGCAUCGUUUUCAGUUGUUUUCCGUCACCAAACGACGUACACAGUCCGCCGCUCGUUUUUCGAAAUAAAUAUAUUCUAUCCGUCGCGUCCGACGGCAACCCACGUUUCGUUGAUACGACACGAGGAAGAGAGGCAGCGAGCAGCCAGCCAGCCAGCGAGCCACCGAGUGAGAGGUAAACGGAGCGGAGUUCAGCGGCAAGUAUCCCGGCCGGCAGACCUGAGCAUUUCAUUGGAAACGCGGUUAUCGCGGUAUCCGUCGGAAGCGCGCGCGUUACUACAGAGUAACCACCGCCGCUUGUCCGGGUGACAUACGCACCGCACACGCACUCACGCACACACACACUCGCCGCGUCAGGAGCAACGCGUCGUAUACCACGCCAAACGUGUCCGUUAUUGAAUUUCUCGUCGACGUAACACCGACAUCAUAACUAAAAUGGCUGAUCAACUAACAGAAGAACAGAUUGCCGAAUUCAAAGAGGCGUUUUCGCUAUUCGACAAGGACGGAGAUGGUACCAUCACCACCAAAGAACUUGGAACCGUAAUGAGGUCUUUAGGCCAAAAUCCGACUGAAGCUGAACUCCAAGAUAUGAUUAACGAGGUCGAUGCUGAUGGCAACGGCACGAUAGAUUUCCCAGAGUUCUUGACUAUGAUGGCCCGCAAAAUGAAGGAUACCGAUAGUGAGGAAGAAAUCAGAGAGGCUUUCCGUGUAUUUGAUAAGGAUGGAAACGGCUUUAUUAGUGCAGCUGAGCUGCGUCAUGUUAUGACUAACCUUGGAGAAAAGCUCACCGAUGAGGAGGUUGAUGAAAUGAUCAGGGAAGCUGACAUUGAUGGUGAUGGUCAAGUCAACUAUGAAGAGUUCGUGACCAUGAUGACUUCUAAGUGAAAUGUGUUUCAUUAUUAAUUAUUAUUAUGUAAUUUUUUAUCAUAAUUUUUUUUUUUCAAAAAAAAAAGGAAGAAAUUAACCUGCAUUUUUUUUUUUUUGUUCGAGUAAGCUUUAAAAAGAUAAUGUGAUUAUCAAAAGUAAACAAAGAUUAAUUAUCUUUUUACCACAUGUGGAACUCUGUGAACUUUUUUUUGUGUUGAGAUAUUCGUUAUACUAUCAUCUAUAUGGUUAAUUUUUUUUUCAAUUUCACCAAAAUCAGUUCUUUUGUUUGGCAGUAAAACUGCCGUGUAAAUUUUGUAAAAAAAAAAAACAAAAAAAACUAUCCGACGGCAACGUGUUUUUUCUUUUUUAAAUAUUACAAUUUUUCUUUUCAGUUUUUGCUAGCAAUGUUUUCAUCUUAACAUAUUAUAUUAUUAUACAUAAAAUUAUGGUAAUAUGAUAUAAAAAUAAUAAUAAUAAUCUUAAGUAUGAAAAAUUAUAUUAUAAAUAAUUUGUUGUUUUACACUUUAAAACAUAAUUUUAAAAUCUUGUAAUUUUUACGAUUAAUUAUAAUCUCCAGUGUUUUAGUAAUUUAUUAUUAUUAUUAUUAUUAUUAUUAUUAUUAUUAUAUAAAUAUUAAUUAUUAAAUAUUAGGGACGUUUUCACAUUCCUCACUCACCGAUAAAGUUUAAAAUUUUUUUUUUUUAAAACGAGCUAUAAUAAAUCAAUCAACGAUAUUCAAAACAUUUUACAUACUAUUUUGGCAUGAUAAUAUUUAUUAGCCUAUUACAAAUUAUUGUAAUUUUUUUUUAUGAUUAUUAUAAUUUUUAAAAAGUAUACAAAAAGACACACAUUAAACGUUUUAUUUCUUCACUUGUAAAAAGAGAUUUGAAAUUGUUUUAUUUAAUCCUCAUUUAUUUUCAAUUUUUAUGAAAACAUAUUAUAAUAUGCACGUCUGCCACACACGCAUACACACCCACAUCCAUUUGGUUAAAUGUAAUAUGCAAAGAAUACACUGUAUUGAUGUAUAUACUAUAAUAUAUAUGAAUACACAUAAUAUAUUUUAUUGUUAUUAUACCAUUUAUUGAGACAAUACUGUAUACAUAUUGUGUACUGUUUUGUUUUACCUUAACCUUUGUGUUAUAGUCGAAAGUCAAUGGUAUAUCAUAAUAUUUUGUGGUGUCGGACGUGAAUAACUAUUUAAUUUUUUUUAUACAUAAAUACCUAAUGUAUUCGAAAUAAAUAAUUUAUUAAUAUAUGUUUCUGCGGUGCAUGGUGUAUGUCGACAAUUAUUUGUUUCGUUUUAAUUAAAACGUCUUCAUCUAUAAUGGAGAAACAUGUUCAGAUGAGAAAGAAUACCAGUUACAGAAUUGCCAUGUGCAUCGGAUGAUUGCUGCCAUUAACCAACUUGAGCUUUUUCCGUUAUCUCUUCACCAUCCUGCGCCUGCAGUAUUAUAAUAAUUGUUAGUUUGACGCGCAUUAGUGUACUGAAUUUGAAUUUUUUUCUUCGUAUAUAUUAUAUAAUAUAUAUAUUUUUUAUUUAUUUA